AUGCUCCAAACGCAGACUCAGCACGUCUUCUCUCAUCAGCAUCAGUAUCCGCAGGCUGACCCGUCCUGGUUGCAGCAACAGCAGCACCAUCAAAGCCACCCGCACCAGGCUCAGCAACAGCAUUCUUCGUUGGUCGCCCAACAGCAUGCCCAAGUUCAGGCGGCUGCAGCCGCAGCCGCAGCCGCUCAACAACAACAUUAUACCCGUAUCGCUAUGGCUGGAAAUGCUGGUGCCGGCAAUCCCGCCCAAGGUGCCGGUGCAGGGGCAUGGGCGGAGACGGCGCUUUGCCCGGUGCGGUGUCAGUGAUGGAUGGUGGCAUCAGUGAUGAGAAUCGCAAGGUUUUCAUCUGGGUCGCGGAACUCCUCGAUCCGAAUCGCAGAGAAGCAGCUCUUAUGGAGCUCAGCAAGAAGAGAGAGCAAGUUCCGGAACUUGCGCUGGUUAUUUGGCAUUCUUUCGGCGUCAUGACCGCUUUACUACAGGAGAUCAUCUCCGUAUACCCUUUGUUGAACCCUUCGCAAUUGACUGCUGCUGCAUCAAAUCGGGUUUGCAACGCGCUCGCUCUGCUGCAGUGCGUUGCUUCCCACAAUGAUACUCGCACCUUAUUUCUAAAUGCUCAUAUUCCUCUUUUCCUCUAUCCCUUCCUCAACACGACAUCAAAGUCGCGCCCCUUUGAAUACCUCCGUCUCACCUCGCUCGGUGUGAUCGGAGCGCUGGUCAAGAACGACUCAUCCGAUGUCAUCAACUUCCUCCUCACUACAGAGAUCAUCCCGCUUUGCCUUCGCAUCAUGGAGACCGGCUCCGAGCUGAGCAAGACUGUCGCGAUCUUCAUCGUACAAAAGAUUCUCCUAGAUGACAUCGGCCUCGCAUACAUUUGCGCGACUUACGAGAGAUUCUAUGCUGUUGGGACAGUGCUGAGUAACAUGGUUACUCAACUCGUGGAGCAACAGACUGUGCGACUGCUCAAGCAUGUCGUGCGCUGCUUCCUUCGCCUGAGUGAUAACAGUAGGGCGCGAGAGGCGUUGCGCCAGUGUCUCCCCGAGCCUUUACGUGAUGCGACGUUCUCCUCGGUACUUCGCGAUGAUGCCGCCACCAAGCGCUGCCUUGCGCAGCUUCUCAUCAACCUUUCGGAUAACGUCUCCGAUGGCGCACCCGGUGUUGCGAUGUAAAAAGUUCAAAAGCAUUUGUUUCCCUUUUGGUUUACUUGGUUUAUUUGACAACCUUACGACAUGCAUCGGGCGGGCUCAGGCGAAACACGGAUCACAAGGCGCAAACUGUGUGGGAUGGCAAUGCAAUGAUGAGAUCAAAGAAAAGUUGCAAAAAAAAAAAAAAAAAAAAAAAAGAGAGAAAAGAGAAGACAUGGGCGGUAUGGGAGCACUGGGCUUGGGGGUUCUGUGUCUUAUUAUGUUUUAAAAGGUUUUGCUUUUCUGCUCCUCGUUUAUUAUUCUUCCCUGUCCCUGGCUUACUGUGGCUUGCUCGAUUUCCCCCACUUUCUGUUUCUGUGUCGAACACUUCGUUCCCAUUUCGGUCAUAAUGGUAUGGCUGUACGGUGGCGUGGAUUCGGAUGGCGCUAUCUGUCUAUGUGCAUUUUGCUUGUCCUCUAUGUUCCCCAUUCCCCAUCCUUCAUCUGAGUGAGAU